CCGGCCCCGGUCCCGGUCCCGGCGCGAGCAGUCUCCUGAAGCACCCGGACGCCACUGGAAGAAUCUUCGGUCGACUGCAAGCCAAGCCCGGGCCGCCGCGGGUCUCUAAGAAGCCCGAGACCGGCACAGUAUACCCUGGAGGCGGGUCGAAGGCUGGCGGAAGACUCCGCCUGCUGCUGGAGCUGGAAGGAAAGCAGGAAGAGCCUGGGCUAGAUCCAGUGCCGUUAAAUCCGGCGAACUCACACUUAAAAAAAAAAAUGAAGAAAUUAAGGCUUAAAGAACUAGAAAGUCGCCUGCAACAAGUGGAUGGAUUCGAAAAGCCCAAGCUACUUCUAGAACAGUACCCAACCAGGCCGCACAUUGCAGCAUGUAUGCUCUCUACAAUCCAUAAUACAUAUGAUGACAUUGAAAAUAAAGUGGUUGCAGAUCUAGGAUGUGGUUGUGGAGUUCUUAGCAUCGGAACUGCAAUGUUAGGAGCAGGGUUGUGUGUUGGAUUUGACAUAGAUGAAGAUGCAUUGGAAAUAUUUAAUAGGAAUGUGGAAGAGUUUGAGUUAACAAAUGUUGACAUGGUUCAAUGUGAUGUGUGCUCAUUAUCUAACAGAAUGUCCAAGUCAUUUGAUACAGUAAUUAUGAAUCCUCCCUUUGGGACCAAAAAUAAUAAAGGGACAGAUAUGGCAUUUCUGAAGACUGCUUUGGAAAUGGCAAGAACAGCAGUAUACUCCUUACACAAAUCCUCCACUAGAGAUCAUAUUCAAAAGAAAGCUGCAGAAUGGAAAAUCAAGAUAGAUAUUAUUGCAGAUGGCUUUUGUCUUAUAGAGCUGCGAUAUGAUCUGCCAGCAUCAUACAAAUUUCAUAAAAAGAAAUCAGUUGAUAUUGAAGUGGAUCUAAUUCGGUUUUCUUUUUAAAAGCCUCUAAAGACAAAAGCAGCUUAAAACCUAAUUAAGAUGAAUAAAAAAUUUUUUUCACUAAA